GGUGGCGGUUUGGGAAGGAGCGAGGUGCGCUUUGAGGAACUUGCGUGGGGGGAGGAGAGGAAGUCGGCAGAAGGAGGCUGAGAGCCCUGCCCGCCUCCCGACCCGGAGGAGACGGAGGAAGUGAAGGACGGCGGCACAUCUCUGCUCGCCUUGAGAGAAGUGCGGAUUAGCGUCGGUGUGUUUAUUCAGCGUCCACAGGCGAAGAAGAAGCGUUUCCAGUCGGAAAAAUAGACUUUCUCUCCUCCCUUAUUUCUCCAUAUGUGAAGGAGCAUGCCACGUUCUCCACAUCCUUUUAUCCCUUUCUCACAACUUUGGACUAUUGCAUCGCUUAUCCCGAAGAAAAAGAUGCUUGUCCCUGAGAAUGAUGCUUGUAAUCUACGCUUCUAAAUAAGUACUGUUGGAGCAGUAUUUGGAUAUAGUCAUCUGUCCUUCCCUUGUUUGGCAUAAGUACUCUCUGCUAAGCAUUGGAUUUUGUGCAAAAAAAGAAAAACAAGUCAAAGUUGCUGAUGGGAGUUGUACAUUAUCUGGGCCUUGCCUCAUGUUGUGACAUUAUGAACCAGAAACUAACAACCAUGUAAUUCUUAGGAUACUAAAGCUGGAGUGGAAUACAAGAAUCCACUCACCUCUGUUAUCUCCUCCACCUGAUAUUGGAUUGUUCUGCAUUAAAUCCAGAAACCUGCUGUGAGAACCUGUGCUCUUCUCUGCUCUUUUGCUGGCAGUGUCUAUAAAGAAUUGUCAUGUUACAAAGCAGUCGCAGUUAAUCUGUUUGGAUCCUAACGUGACAAAAAAACCCAUCUGCAAAAAGUUACUGUUUAUUUAAUCUGUCUCAAGCUACAUAAAAAGCUCAAAAUGUCAUUCUUUAACUUCCGUAAGAUAUUUAAGUUGGGAAGUGAAAAGAAAAAGAAGCAGUAUGAGCAUGUCAAGAGAGAUUUGAAUCCAGAGGACUAUUGGGAAAUUAUAGGUGAACUGGGAGAUGGUGCUUUUGGCAAAGUAUUCAAGGCUCAGAAUAAAGAAACAAAUGUCCUGGCUGCUGCAAAGGUGAUUGAUACUAAAUCAGAAGAAGAAUUGGAAGACUACAUGGUUGAAAUUGAUAUCUUAGCAUCCUGUGAUCAUCCCAAUAUUGUGAAACUUCUAGAUGCUUUUUAUUAUGAAAAUAAUCUUUGGAUCCUGAUUGAAUUCUGUGCUGGUGGUGCUGUGGAUGCUGUAAUGUUGGAACUUGAGAGGCCAUUAACAGAACCACAGAUCAGGGUAGUUUGCAGGCAGACACUUGAAGCGCUGCAUUACCUACAUGAAAAUAAGAUAAUUCACCGCGAUCUAAAAGCUGGCAAUAUUCUUUUCACAUUAGAUGGAGACAUAAAACUAGCGGAUUUUGGAGUGUCUGCUAAAAAUACAAGGACAAUCCAGAGGCGGGAUUCUUUCAUUGGUACCCCAUAUUGGAUGGCUCCUGAAGUAGUAAUGUGUGAGACAUCUAAAGACAGACCUUAUGAUUAUAAGGCUGAUGUUUGGUCUUUAGGCAUCACCUUAAUAGAAAUGGCUGAAAUAGAGCCACCUCACCACGAACUGAACCCUAUGCGUGUUCUGCUGAAAAUUGCUAAGUCAGAACCUCCUUCUUUGGCACAGCCUUCAAAAUGGUCACCUGACUUUAAGGACUUCUUAAAGAAAUGUCUGGAGAAGAAUGUAGAUGCCAGAUGGAACAUUGUUGAACUUCUCCAGCAUCCAUUUGUUACUGUCACUUCCAAUAAACCAAUCCGAGAACUGAUUGCAGAAGCUAAAGCUGAGGUUACAGAAGAAGUUGAGGAUGGAAAAGAUGAAGACGAAGAGGAAGAAUCUGAAAAUUCUUUGCAGUUACCUGCAAAUAAGCGAGCCUCAUCUGACCUCAGUAUUGCUAGCUCAGAAGAGGAUAAACUGUCACAGAAUACCUGUCUUCUGGAAUCUGUUUGUGAAAAAACAGAAAAUGCAUCUGCUGCAGAGACUAGUACUGAUACACCUGUAGAUGAAAAAUCCAACAGAAUUGAAAAAUCUGAUGAAAGCAUAUCUGAUUCUACCCAGGAAAGUACCGAAAAACUGCAGAAUGGCUCCAUUUUACUUGGAGAAGAUGCGAAAGCUGAGAAAAGUAGAGUUCAAAAUACAGUGCUGAUUGAAGAUUUUGCAUCACAGAACAAAGAAAAAGAAAAGGAUGCAUUAGUAACUGAAACAGAUGUUGACCCCAAGAAAGAAAAUGACUUUGGAAAUGAAUUAGUGACUGAAAACAAACAAAAAAUAACACCUGAACCUGAAAGCAGCAAUGAAUAUGUUACAGAAGUAAUACCUAAAGAAGCUGACAAUGGAGAAGAAAAAUGUGGUACAGACUUUCAAGAAAAGGAAGCAAGGGAAGAAAUGAAAAUAGAAGGAACUGAAGAAGUUAAGGAGUUGCAAGAUAGCAUACAUGAAAAAAGUGGCCAGAUGGAAUCUGAAGUUCAUAAAAAUGAAGUUGUUAUUGGUAUUAGUGAGCCUCAGAUAAAAAAUACAGUUGAUUCAGGUGAGGGAGUACAGGAGCAAAUAAAAACAGAUACCAGCAGUUCUCCAAAGGGUGAAAGUGCUGGGAAAUCUUUGAACAGUGAUGUAGAUGAGAUGCUUGAAAGUGUACAGAAGUCAACAGAGAAUAUUGUUGAGGAAGGGCAGGAAAAAGGUUCCUCUGAACCAACUUCUACUACAGGUGAAGUAGUCAGUUCUGUUCAGCAGCUAGCUGAGAGAAGAAUGGACAGGGCAAUGGAAGGAAUGGAAACAGACAUCAAAGUUUUAUCAGAAAUGGAAGACAAGGACCUAAAGUCUGUAGAAUGUGACACACAGCAUGUUGAGGAGAAAAGCACAAUUGAGGAAAGCAGUGUUGGCCACCAAACUGGAGAACCUGACCAGAAAUUAGAAAGACCCGAGGAGAACCUCAAGACUGAUGUUCAGAUAGACACAGAUCCUGCAGUGGUCUCCACUGUCAUCAAACAGCCACAUGCAAAUGAGUUCUCUCCAGUACCCCAUAUUAGUGUUAGUUGUGUUGAAAAUGAAAUGAAAGAUAAAUUAGGCAUUCAGUGCAGUGUUGAAAACUCACAGCACCUUGAUCAUGAAAGCUCUAAAGAAAAUGACACCGAUUCAGGCACUGGUUCCACAGCUGACAACAGCAGCAUUGAUUUGAACUUGUCGAUUUCCAGCUUCCUCACUAAAAACAAGGAUAGUGGCUCAGUGUCUUUACAGGAAACUAAAAGACACAAGAAAACUUUAAAGAAAACUCGCAAAUUUGUUGUUGAUGGAGUGGAAGUGAGUGUGACUACCUCUAAAAUAAUUACUGACAGCGAUUCUAAAAGUGAAGAGCUGCGGUAUCUUCGGCGGCAGGAAUUGCGGGAAUUGCGACUUCUCCAGAAAGAAGAGCAGCGAGCACAACAGCAGCUCAGCAAUAAACUGUUGCAGCAACGAGAACAGCUCUUUAGACGCUUUGAACAGGAAAUGACAAGUAAGAAGCGGCACUAUGACCAAGAAAUUGAAAAUCUAGAAAAACAGCAGAAGCAGACAAUAGAACGCUUGGAACAGGAACAUACAAAUCGCUUACGUGAUGAAGCAAAACGCAUCAAAGCAGAACAGGAGAAAGAGCUAACCAAGUUCCAGAACAUGUUGAAAAACAAAAAGAAAGAGGUUUUUAAUGAAGUGGAGAAAGCACCAAAAGAGCUGAGAAAAGAGCUCAUGAAACGCAAGAAAGAGGAGCUUACCCAAUCCCAGCAUGCUCAGGAACAAGAGUUUGUACAGAAGCAGCAACAAGAAUUGGAUGCAGCACUAAAGAAAAUAAUUCAGCAACAAAAAACUGAGCUAGCCACUAUAGAACGGGACUGUCUUAAUAACAAGCAACAGCUCAUGAGAGCCCGUGAAGCUGCAAUAUGGGAGCUGGAAGAGAGACACUUGCAGGAAAAGCACCAACUGCUGAAACAACAACUGAAAGAUCAGUACUUUAUGCAGAGACACCAGCUGCUGAAACGUCAUGAAAAGGAAACAGAGCAAAUGCAAAGAUAUAACCAGAGGCUUUUUGAGGAGCUAAAAAACAAGCAAACCCAGGAAAAAGUCAGGCUGCCGAAAAUCCAACGUAGUGAAGCAAAAACUAGAAUGGCGAUGUUCAAAAAAAGCCUAAGAAUUAACUCAUCAAGCACUCCAGAACAGGAUCGUGAGAAGAUUAAGCAGUUUGCUGUUCAAGAAGAAAAGAGGCAUAAAAAUGAAAGACUGGCUCAGCAUCAGAAACAUGAAAAUCAAAUGCGAGACCUUCAAUUGCAGUGUGAGGCCAACAUUAGAGAAUUGCAUCAGCUGCAGAAUGAAAAAUGCCACUUACUGGUUGAACAUGAGACUCAGAAACUAAAAGAGCUAGACGAAGAACACAGCCAAGAACUAAAAGAAUGGCGAGAGAAACUGAGACCCCGGAAAAAGACUUUAGAAGAAGAAUUUGCUCGGAAGCUUCAAGAACAGGAGGUUUUCUUUAAAAUGUCUGGAGAAUCUGAGUGCCUUAAUCCAUCAACACAAAGCCGGAUUUCUAAAUUCUACCCAAUCCCUAGCAUGCACUCCACUGGAUCAUGAAUCUGGAAACCUCUGCAGGGAUUGAGCUUUCUUUCUUCUAUGGCAGUUUCCAUCUUCAGUUUUUGCAGUGAUAAAAUCUGCAUCCAAGAACCUCUGUGGAAGUUUAUCCACUUUCACGGGAGAUAGUUGAUGAUGUAAUUUUUUUCUUGUUCAUUUUUAUGCUGGGAGACUGUAUAAAAUACAAGCACAGAUGGUGGUCUUGAAUUCUGAUAUGGGAUCUUUCCUGGAGUUCAAGAACAGAUAGCCUUUUGAAAAUUGGUCUCAAAUGUUGUAUCCAACUGUGUUGGUGUUGAAAAAUGAGCCUAAAUUAUUAGUGAUAAUCUGUAAUACCCCAACAAUAAAUGAAUAUAAAGGAUUCUCAGGCCAGCAUACUUCUGUUAAUUUUAAUCAAAUAUUCAUUAUGCCCAUUACUUUAUGUGUGAAUGGGCUGCCUCACUAUAUUCAGUGCCUAAAAUCCUUAAACUCAUUGGGUAUUAUUUUCACAAGAGGAUCAUCUUUAUAAUUACAGAAACCCAUUUUAGUGUUACUGUAACUGGAAUAGAAAUGCUAGUUUCCCCUUCUGUCAUAUCCUCAUCCUAUAAUAUUUUGUACCUAAAAUUUAGUAAAAGCUAAUUCUGUCAAUAUUAAAAGGCACGAUUUGUCCAUAUUUCGAGCUACUGGUUGUCUGCAAACUGAAAUGAAACUGCAGAAUUGAUUUCUCAGAAUAAAAGGUGCAUCAUUUGCUUGAACCUUUGCAUUAUAGAAUAUAGACAGAGUUAAUUGACAGGUUCUCUCCUAAUGAAAUCUAGAUGUUCAAACUCUAUAGCAGAAAAUUAUCACAUAUAUCCUUUUUCUUAAAUCAGUGCUGAUAUCUUUGGUAGCAAAGGGUGGAUUUAUGUCAGAGCAUUGAUUUCUAUAUGGAUUUCAGUUAAACAAACAACUUAAACAGUUUCAUUGUUUUCUAUAAUGUUACUAAAAUGUUACAAUUUUGUUUCAAAAAUUCAUUGUUCUAUAACUUAUUUGUUGUUGGGGUGGGAUGGAAAUAUUUAUCACACUGUUGACAUGGGAUGUACCUGCAUUCAACAAAAAAACUGCAGUCUUUGAGGUAUCUGAUUAGAAUCAUAUCAAAUACAGUAUUGUAAACUGUUUUUGGUAUGCUGAAUUUGUAAUAUAAAUGUUGGUUGCUUCUUAUCCUUUGAGAACUAAUGUUUUAGUAGAUAUCUUAUGAUGAUAUGUAAGAUUCCACAUUUUACAAUCACCAUUAAAUGCAAGAACAGGUGUUUUCUUACAAAUUUUGUAUUAUGUCAGCAACAUUCAUGUAUGUGAAGGAAAAGGAUUAUAAAAUUAAGUAGUCCCUUUAAUCAGGUUUGGUCAAGGGCAGGUUUACAGAACUCAAAUAUUGAACUUCAUAUUAUCAGGUCAACUUGUUUAAUGGUGAUAGUACAGUAUGUAUAGUUUUUUUAACAUGCAUGUUUUAAGUUGGCUUUUGUUGUUUCUAAGUUAUAGUUUGCCUUCAAAUACUGUUUAGCUAGUCUUAAUAUCAUGUAUUUUAUUUUAUCAAAGCAUAUUGUGUACUAGGUUGCAAAUUCAUGAUGCUCAUUACAUUUGCUGUGUACAAUGAUCUGAAAUGUGUUUAUCUUAAAUAGCUUAGGUAGAAUGAAAAAGUAUUCAAAGGCCUUUACUUUUUUAAGCCUCACCUUUACAACUAGUAUUGAUUAUAACAUUAAAUACUGUUAUCUGUCUAACCAACAGAUAAUCUGUUUACAAA